UCUGAUAAUGCAGCAUGGGCGAAAAUACCAGACUCGAGAGCUACAGCUGAGGAAGCAGACCCCUCUAUCGUUAACGUUUUUGGACGAUUGAACGAAAGUGAUGUUCCAACAAUGCCGAUAGUAGAUAAACUCAAGGAGGCAUUAAAACCUGGUCGAAAGGAGACGGGUGAUGAGGGCGACCUCAACAAGCUGUUGGCGUCAUCUGCCAAGAAGGUCCUCUUGCAGAAGAUAGAGUUUGAGCCUGCGAGCAAGGGUUUCUCCUAUCAGCUGGACAGCCUGAAGAACAAGUAUGUGAUCCUCAAUCCCAGGAACGAGGGCGCCACAAGCCAGAAGGCCCCAGAGCCUGCCCAAAUAAAGAGGCAAGUCUCAGAGAACGUAGUCGGGGGCCAGAGCGAUGGGAUCCCCGCCCCACAGAAGAUGCUCUUUCCAGGGAACAAGCUUACCCUUAAAUGGGAGCGCGUGUACAGGGUGGGAGCCGGUCUCCACAACCUCGGGAACACCUGCUUCCUCAACUCCACAGUGCAGUGUCUCACCUACACCCCUCCACUUGCCAACUACUUACUCUCAAAGGAGCACAGCCGUGCCUGUCACCAGUCAGGCUUCUGUAUGAUCUGUGUCAUGCAGAACCAUAUCAUCCAAGCCUUUGCCAACACAGGCAAUGCCAUCAAGCCUGUGUCCUUCAUCAGAGACCUGAAAAAAAUUGCCAGACAUUUUCGCUUUGGAAGCCAGGAGGACGCCCAUGAAUUUUUGCGGUACACCAUCGAUGCCAUGCAGAAAGCCUGUCUCAAUGGGUACCCCAAGCUUGACAGGCAGACCCAGGCCACAACGCUGGUUCACCAGAUCUUUGGAGGUUACCUCAGGUCAAGAGUGAAAUGCUCUAUUUGUAAAAGUGUGUCAGACACAUACGACCCUUACCUGGACAUUGCUGUGGAGAUUCGGCAAGCAGCAAACAUUGUGCGAGCCCUGGAACUGUUUGUUAAACCAGACGUACUAAGUGGAGAGAAUGCUUACAUGUGUGCCAAGUGCAAAAAGAAAGUGCCAGCAACCAAGCGCUUCACAGUCCAUCGAACAUCUAAUGUACUGACCCUCUCGCUGAAGAGGUUCGCCAACUUCAGUGGAGGCAAAAUAACAAAGGAUGUUGGUUAUCCAGAAUUUCUGAACAUCCGCCCCUACAUGUCUCAGAGCUCAGGUGAUCCUGUUAUGUACGGCCUCUAUGCUGUUCUGGUGCACUCUGGCUACAGUUGUCACGCUGGCCACUACUACUGCUAUGUCAAGGCAAGCAACGGACAGUGGUACCAAAUGAAUGAUUCAAUGGUACACUCGAGUAACAUCAAAGUGGUCUUGAACCAGCAGGCUUAUGUGCUUUUCUACCUGAGGAUCCCUGAAACCAAGAAGAAUGCAGAUGGACAGACCACCAAGCAGGGGAUGUUGCACCCUGGGAAGAACAGUGUGUCGUCCGAACAGAUAAAGAGGGCCAACCUGAAUGGGCCUCUCUCUUCCCCGCAGGUCACAAAGAAACUUGAGCCUGCACAACUGCGCAAGAUCCAGUCCAUGGAUGGUGGCUUGGGACUGCCCAUUUCCAGGAACGGUGUGAGCUCUCAGCCACAGCCCAGACUCUCCAACUGGACGUCAUCCUCCAACGGCCCGCCAAAGCUGCCGGGAGGACCCACGGUUAUCGAGGAGCCUUUCAAGAAGCUGAAGAAGCCUUCUCCCCAGAGCCAGGUGCAGUCCCGCAGCAGCACUCCGACCCCCUCGAACAACGGGGUCAGCCGGACGGAGGGGGAUAAAAAGCAAGGUGGCGAGGGCAGAGGCAUGGCAGCGUCUACCUCAAUUAAGUCUUUGUCUGACUCUUCCUCUGCCGACACCACUGAAUCAAAGGACUCUGUGGGCACCAAAAGUGCGCCAGUAGGAGAGACUCCCUCCACCCCACGGAAAGGCUCAAAUGGUCUGGCCUCUCCGGCCAAGAGCGUGGAGCGCUCUCAGAGCACAGAGGAGCAGAAGACUGCGAAAAUCAAACCCCCGGCCCUCAACAACAUCACGUCUGAAGCCACCAGCACCAUGUCACCUCCACCUGCCAAGAAACUGGCCCUGUCAGCUAAGAAGGCUCGCAGCCGGAGACUGAGCAGCAUUGAUGCUCUGCCCCCUUUGCCACGCCAGCUGUCCAGUGACCCCACGCAUCCAAAUCAACUUAACCCCUUCACCUUUGCCUCACCUACUCACACUCACAGAGCCGAUCCAUUCCAUUCACCUAAAGUCCAGUCAUUGCCUUUUGCCCACUCGAGUGGAUCCUUCAAACAGCAGAGCCCUCAGAAACAGUCCCUUCUCUCCACACUGCAAAAACCAAACGCCAGCCUUUCUCUUAAAACCAACGGGCUUCACAGCGCCACCGCCGCAAAGAGCCCCAAGUCUUCCAACAACCUCAGCUCCUUGGUCCAAGAACCAGACCUCAACAGCGCUCCAGCUCAAAACAGCAAUCCAAAGAAGAAGAAGAAGAAGAAGAGGCGGCAUUCUGAGGUGGAACGUGACGCGGAGCCAGCGACAUCCCCAGCUACAGUGACACCGGCCAACCCCGUGGAGCCAGCCAGCGAGAAAAAGAGGAAGAAGAAAAAGAAAAAGCGGAAGAGGGAGCAUGAAGAUGGAGAGAAAGUCAAGGAGAGGGAGUGCGUCCCAUCUCACCUGGACACAUCAAACCAGGAAGAGGAUUGGUGUCAGGGUGGCAUGUGGAGUCUCACGUCUCAGCCAGAUACAGAACAGUCAAAGCAGAAGCCUCAGUUAGCUGCCACGACCUCGAUGCAGUGCGAGUCAAAUGAGAAAGUACAGGAAAGGGACUCUAUAAAAUUAAAGAAGAAGAAGAAGAAAAAGAAGAUGCAACUGGUGGAGGCUCUGCAGGACAAGACUUCAGCGUGUGCUGCUUCACAAAGCAGCACUUCUGAGUUGAAGGCCGCAGUCAUUCACAAUGAUACGGAGGAUUUGAUAAUGUUGAAAAAGAAAAUAAAGGCGAAGAAGAAGAGGCUAAAAGAAGAGGUGAGACUGUGGGAGGAGAGCAGGCGACACUCAGACGGGCGGAACGAGGAGCCUGAAGCAGCGGAGCCCCCAUCCAAAAAGAACGCCACAGAGAACGGCGAAAUAAGUAAACAAAGCGCAGCCGCAGUGGUUGUGUGGGACAGCCAAGUGAAGGACGGCUACAAACGCAGCCAGGCGCCAGCGGCUGAUAAAAGUGAGUUAGGAGACACCCCGAGCCGUCCUGCUCCUGUAGCCUGGGAUGGGAAAAAGACAAGUGGGGUGGUAGAGGAGCUGCUCAGGAACGCCACAGAUAAGGCCUACGGAGCCAACGUCCUCAGUUGGGAUGGAGAGGUCUCUGCGAUUAGUAGAGAUGCUGCUGAAGAUGUCCGCCAUGCUAUGAGUGACACUGUGAUCGAUGAGUGGGAUGAAGACUUUGACCGGGGAAAGGUGAAGAAAAUAAAAAACUAUAAAAGAGAGAAGUGGAGAGGCGGCAGCAACAUCUUCCAGAAGAUCCAGGACAGGCGGAGCAAGUGGUCUGUAACACCCGGAGGGAAGAGAGUUUUUGGCGUCCGUCGCUGAGAGUCCAGAUUGCUGUUGAGGUCAUGCUGACUGGAAAAUGGAAACAACAAUACUGUAUACCAAACUUCUGUACCUUUUUCUCACUUUUUUUUUUUAAAUCUAUCUUUUGUUUAUUAUGAGACUUAAAUUCCUUAGUUGGUUAUGAGUUGAAUUCAAAAGAUUACACUGACCGUCUGACCGACAGCCCCUUUGAUCUCAGUUUUGAAAACCAUGAAAUGUCUUCAGGCUUCAGUAGCGACCAGUCACAUCCCCUUUUAAUCUAAAUACCACAGUAGGGGCUCUGGCUUUUCUAUGCAUGCAGUACUUAGUAGAACCCCCUACACCUCCAUGUCAAAAAUAACUGUAUGCUGGCAUCUUUAAACCCUGGUUGUUGCCCCAACAAUCUUGAGCUACGAUGAAAUUAAGUACUGUUCACCGUAUUGGAAACUGAACGCAAUUUUAGAGCAUACUGUUGCAGACAUAAGGGCUUGGUAAGAUGGACAUUAAUAUUUUUUUAACCUUCUGAAAUUAGUCUAUACCAAAUUACAGAUCCAAGAUCCAAAAUAGUUUAUUAAUAGAGAAAUACUAGUCAAAAGUUUGGACGCACUUUCCCAUUAUCUUGAAUGAGAAAGUGUGUCAAAACUUUUCACUGGUAUUGUUUAUUAUUUUAGAUUAUUUAAUUAUUUUCUGCCUUUUUUUUCUCCGCCGACAUUUUAUUUUUCCUGCAGUGUCUGUGCCACGUGGCGUGUUUUUAAGGACCAAAUUUUGCCUGCAUAUUGUUGGUAAAAUGAAGCUUUAAAAUUGCCACUGUUUUAUGAAUAUGCAUGUCUAAAAAUUUUAGUUAUGUACCCUUUUUGUUCCCUUAGAAAAAUCAGUUAAUUUCAGAUUUUAUGUUGUUAGGCCACAAAUAAAUGCUCUGCCUAUUUUAUUAACAGUUCAGCUGUUUGUAGACGUGUCGACAUGGAUGAACACAUUGGACACUCAUCAUAUCUGUAUGUUUACCUGGACGUUACGGUGAAAUGUGCAUUUGCAGAGUAGACGUUGGGGCUGUUGGGAAGGACUAAAGAGAGGAGCAGUUGUAACUUUGUCGGUCAUCUCAUCAGUCCAGCGUUCAGAAGCUCUCAGUGUGGAGAUUUGACCUUUCACAAACUGUUCUUCACCAACGUACUGAAAUAAAGGGGUCAGAUUUCACACAGGCGCUGUGUUAGAAUGGGCCUGCCACAUGCUAAUACUUUCUUUUCCCCUUGUAUCUUAUUACUCUAUGCAAUUUUCUGAUGCUCAUGCUGGUCACCUAGAAACUGGGCUAAGACUCAGGAACCCAGACACCCUGUAUCCCAUCUUCAUCUCCGAUCAGACCCCCCUCUCCUGCUUCAUAUCAGAGGACGUCCCUCUCCUGGGACCACCAUUUUGCAUCCUGUACAUCCUGUAGAAACUGUUUUAUACAAAAUAUUUCAGGUGUGGAAACCAUGGGAUCAUCUUGCACCAACCCGGGCACAGAUGCGUAGAGAAACUAACGUUAUAACAAACUGCUUUGCCAGCGUAGAAGCCUGUACAGUUCAUCUUGUGCUACCCGUUUCCCUCCAACGCUGUAAAGAUCUGCCCAUGCAUUUCUUUUCAUUCUAGAGAUGUUGCCUUGAAUUGGCUAUAAAAAAAAGUAUAGGAUUUAAUGUUAUAAAUAUAUAAUUUAAAGAAGAAAAGACACAGAUCUUUAAUGUGCUACUAAUACUCGGAUCAGUUGGUGAGUGUUAACUUGAGAAUUAAUCUGCAGAUGUGUUAGCUCAUUUGUGUGUAAGAGAGUUGUCUGUUUUCAUGCAAGACCUUCCCUAUGUCACUGUAGUGUGUACAGUACAAGAGCGACUAUGGCGGUCUGCUUUCCACAGGACGCGUUUGUUGGCUGUGAAGUCGACGUUGGGUGUCAAACUGACUCUCGGGACUGACACAGAGAAACAUUUCCCAGUGUGAAUGGAUGGUCCACAUGUUUGCAUUGAUGGUUCUAUAUUUUGCACCACCUUUUCUGACCAGGGAGGAGACCUUUCAUAAUGAAAGCGGCUCUUACCACACUAUAGUUAAACUAUAAAGGUGCAAUAAAGUUGUGACUUUUGUGAGA